CCGAGCCCAGCGAGCGUGGGGCGGCGGCGGCGGCCUGCGAUUGUGAGAUGGGGACUGAGAACAAGGAGAUAAUUCCCAAGGAAGAAAUUUCUGAAGAAUCUGAGCCACAAGGGGCAAUCUUAGAAAAACUUCCAAAGGUAGUUUACGAGCAUCAUGAGUUUGGAGCGGCACGCGAAGAAGACUUGUUGGCGGGCCAUUCGAGAGGGUCCACAGAAGAGAUUAUGGAACAGAUGCCUCCUCAGGAGAGAGACUUUGAAUCAGGGUUGAUUAUCUUUAAGAAAUCACCUUCAAGUGAGAAAGACCAGGAGAAUGAGACCGAGAGAGUCUGCAGUCCCAGCCCAAACCUGAUGACACGUCAGGGAGAUAUUACAGCAGAAGCAGUUAGUACGUUUGCUACCUCUGGCCAAAACUUCAUAGAGAAUUUAGAGCCUAACAAACCACAGAGAAGUUCUGUGGGAGAAAAGCCUCAUACAUGCAAAGAAUGUGGGAAAGCCUUUAAUCAGAAUUCACAUCUUAUCCAGCACAUGAGAGUUCAUAGUGGAGAGAAACCCUUUGAAUGCAAAGAAUGUGGAAAAACAUUUGGAACUAACUCAAGCCUUCGCAGGCACCUGAGAAUCCAUGCUGGAGAAAAGCCCUUCGCUUGUAAUGAAUGUGGAAAGGCCUUCAUUCAGAGUUCACAUCUCAUCCACCAUCAUAGAAUUCAUACGGGAGAGAGACCUUAUAAAUGUGAAGAAUGUGGUAAAGCCUUCAGUCAGAAUUCAGCGCUUAUUCUACAUCAGAGAAUCCAUACUGGAGAGAAACCAUAUGAAUGUAAUGAAUGUGGGAAGACCUUUAGGGUCAGCUCACAGCUUAUUCAGCAUCAGAGAAUUCACACUGAGGAAAGAUAUCAUGAAUGCAAUGAGUGUGGCAAAGCCUUCAAGCAUAGCUCAGGCCUUAUUAGACACCAGAAAAUUCAUACUGGAGAAAAACCCUAUCUGUGUAAUGAAUGUGGGAAAGGCUUUGGUCAGAGUUCUGAACUGAUCCGGCAUCAAAGAAUUCAUACAGGGGACAAACCAUAUGAAUGUAAUGAAUGUGGAAAAACUUUUGGCCAGAACUCAGAGAUUAUUAGACAUAUUAGAAUUCAUACUGGUGAGAAGCCCUAUGUAUGUAAGGAAUGUGGGAAGGCCUUUAGGGGGAACUCAGAACUUCUUAGACAUGAGAGAAUUCACACUGGAGAGAAGCCCUAUGAAUGCUUUGAGUGUGGAAAGGCUUUUAGGCGGACCUCCCAUCUCAUCGUCCACCAGAGAAUUCAUACUGGAGAGAAACCUCAUCAGUGUAAUGAAUGUGCAAGAACCUUCUGGGAUAACUCUGAGCUGCUUCUCCACCAGAAAAUUCACGUUGGCGAGAAACCUUAUGAGUGUAAUGAGUGUGAGAAAACCUUCAGCCAGCAUUCUCAACUUAUCAUACAUCAGAGGAUUCACACUGGAGAGAAGCCUUACGAGUGCCAAGAGUGUCAGAAGACUUUCAGUCGGAGCUCUCACCUCCUCCGACAUCAAAGUGUUCAUUGUAUGGAAUGAUUUGCAAAGUAGGAAAGCUUUCUGUGGAAAAGCCGAAGUCAGACUUAUUCAUAGUGUACACCCCAAGUUCUCAGAUCAAGUGAAUGGACAGAACCUCCUCUGUCCUUCUACUGAUUUUUAUUUAAAUAGAUGGUCAAAUAGAAUGAGGCACUUUUAUGAAUUAUUCAUUGAGAAGUUUCAGUGUACAGAGUUAAAUCAUAAAAGCUGUUUCAGGCCUUAAUUCUCCUCUGUCCCUUUUUCCUUUCCUUCCCCUUUCCUCCCCUAGGGGGUCACAUGCUAUUAGGGGUCUACAUACCAGCCGUCUAGCCUAAAUUGUUAUUCUUCAGGAAAACUGGAGGAAUGUGAUUCCACUACUUCCUAAGAACGGGACUCGACUCAUUGAAUGUUAUCCCCUCAAAUGUUGGAAAGUUGUGGCCUAGAAGACACACUUUGUUCUCUUGUCCAACAUUUACCAUUGGCAUAAUUUACUAAGCUCUAAUUAGCUUCAAAACCUUGCAAACAUGCUAUCAAGUUCCUUUAGAAGAUGGCAGCACUAAAGGAGUGGAAAUCAUUGGGUCAUUUCAUAUCUCCUGCUAGAAGAGGGUGCCAUGAUGGAGGAAACUGAUGGGCAAUUUACAGAAUCAUCAGCAAAAGGCCCUUAGAAUCUAGGGGCUGAUGAGCAAGGCCAGGGGAUGAUAAAAGUGAGGCCAGACUACUCAGCACGGGCACGGCAGCUGUUCAGCAGCUAUGUCUCCCUUCGGGCUGCUCAGACUAACUGCUUGCUCCCAGGAAUUCUACUGCGUUCACUUUGACCCCAGCUCCUGCUGCUGCUGACAGAUCCUGUGUCAGGAAGUAGCAGGACUGUACAGCGUCACCAUCACCAGGCAUCUGGCCACAGUGAUGAACCGGUUCACCUGACUGACCAGGGCCUCCUUGCCAAAGCACUUAAUGCUCUCAUGACCUGGACCCCCCUGGACAGAUAGGCAGUGAUGUGAUGGCCUCUUCUCAGUUUGCCCUUGGGCCUUUUUAACAUCUCUACAUGAGUGUUCUGUGUUCUCCUAUGUUUUUUUCUUCUUUGGGGAAACACAUCCUCAAUUUUUCAUGUGUCCGGUUUUCUGUUGCAGUGGGUGGGAGUGGGAAUUGCACUAAUGGGAACCCAGCAGGCUUAGGGUCUGGUUUUAGAGCCAGACCUUGAAUAAGGCACUUCACCUGCUGGGCCCUACUUUUCUCAACUGUAAAAGGAGGGGAGUCGAACUAAAUGAUGUCUGGAGUUUCAACCAACCCAAUAGUUCUUUGAUUCUUUUUAAAAUCUAACUUUAUAUAUCUUCAAAAUUCUAUUCUUUAAUCUUUUCUUUAGUAU